AAGGCGGCUAACUCCACCAGCUGACCGCCUCUUCUCACCGGACUGCUGACAUGGCACUAAGUGGACAAACCGCCGUGGUGACCGGAGCGGCGAUGGGCAUCGGGAGAGCCGUCACGGAGCUGCUGCUGCAGCACGGCGCCAUGGUGGCCCUCCUGGACGUGGAUGAAUCUGCCGGCCAGAGUUUGAAGGCGUCUCUGGACCAGCAGCACGGAGCCCAGCGGACGCUGUUCCUGCACUGCAGCGUCGAGUCCGAGGAGCAAACCAAAGCGGCCUUCCAGAAGACGGUGGAGACCUUCGGCCGGGUCGACAUCCUGUGCAACAACGCCGGCAUCCUGAACGAGGCCGAGUGGGAGAGGAGCGUCUCCGUGAACCUGGUGGCGGUUAUACGGCUGACCUACAUGGCUCUGGAGCACAUGAACAAGGGGACCGGAGGUCGCGGGGGGGUCAUCGUCAACAUCGCAUCCAUGGCAGGCCUCGGCCCUCUGCCCAGCUGUCCGGUCUACACGGCCACGAAGCACGCCGUGGUCGGCUUCACUCGGGCCAUGGCGGCUGCCUCGACCGCCUUGGGCUACGGCAUUCGGUUCAACGCCGUGUGUCCGACCUUCGUCCAGACCGACCUCUUCUCCAACAUUUAUGACAGGAUGGGAAUAUUUUCGCAGCUCGCUGACCAGACCCGGAAAUAUGCGAACACAGGGGUGUUAAAUGUGUCCGAGGUGGCCGCCGGGCUCCUGGAGCUGGUGACCGACGAGACGAAGAACGGAGAGGCGCUCAUGCUGAGAAACGGCGGGAAGACGUACAUGACGUUCCCCACAUUCAGCUGGUAGCUCGGUCUCCGGUCCAGGGGACCGGAACCUGCAGGACGGAGACGAUACCAUUUGAAUUCAUGUCAUCUGUUCAAUCAUCACUUAACUGGUUAAAUGUGUUGAAAUUGUUCAUGAAAUCUCUAAACUAAAAGACAUAACAAAUCUGACUGACAUGUCAAUAAAGAAAUCAAAACUGUCAUCUAACUAUAGUUACAAAUUAAUAUCUUCUGAAUAGUUUAUGAUCAAUAAAGAUUCAACUACCAAGUUCUAUAUUAAAGUACUGCUCAUGUAUUAAUACAUCAAACAAAUGAUCCAAUUAUAAAACCGACCAAGGUCAUUCAGUAUAAGUACUUAGGCUUUUGGUCCUGUCAGUACACAAUACCGUUAUACUUUAACGUAUAUUUUAAAUUUUUAAUGCAGGACUUUACUUGUGUAUUUUUAUAUUAUGCCGCUUUUAGUGGAUUUCAUUAAUUGAACGCACAACAAAAGGCCUGCAAGUUGAGUUGUGUGCAUUUAUGUUUUGUGUUUGUGUGCGUUGAGGUUGAGCCACUGCAGACAAAAACCUUCUAAAUAAAGUAUUUUGUGUCUCAUCCAGGAGUUCUGAAGGCUGUUCUGUGCACUAGAAGUCAUAUAUACAGGACUGUCUCAGAAAAUUAGAAUAUUGUGAUGAAGUUCUUUAUUUUCUGUAAUGCAAUUAAAUAAACAAAAAUGUCA